UCUACGAAGGCAACCAAACGCCCAUUUAUUUUCUACUCGCAAAAACAUUUUAGAGUUUUACCCUCUUUUUCCUUGUUUGGCUUUUCCCCAAUCUCUCCCCUACAUAAAUUCUCACUUGUCCAAGCUGGAGUGAAAACGAAUCUUUCAUUCCUACCUUGCUUCCCUCUUUCAUUUAUUCCAAUCUCCUCUGCCCCUUUUGUUUCUCUCUUAAUUUUUCUCAACAACAACAAAUCGAACCUAUGCUUGCCAUGGAGAAUAUUGGUGAUGAGUACAAAAAUUAUUGGGAGACAAAAUAUUUCCUUGAAAACGAAGAAUAUAGCAGUUGGGCAAUUGAUGAGUUCUCUGGGUACUACGAUUCGAGUUCUCCCGAUGGAGCAGCAUCCUCUGCAGCCUCUAAGAACAUCGUUUCCGAGAGAAACAGAAGGAAGAAGCUUAACGAACGCCUCUUUGCUCUCAGAGCAGUUGUGCCAAAUAUCAGCAAGAUGGACAAGGCUUCGAUUGUCAAGGAUGCCAUUGACUACAUCCAGGAACUGCAUGACCAGGAAAAGAGAAUUCAGGCUGAGAUCAUGGAACUGGAGUCUGGAAAACUGAAGAAAAAUCCAGGAUACGAGUAUGAGCAAGAGCUACCCUUGUUGUUAAGAUCCAAGAAGACCAGACUGGAGAACAUUUUUGAUUAUGGUGGAUCAAGAACUUCCCCUAUUGAAGUUCUUGAACUGAAAGUGACACAUAUGGGAGAGAAGACAGUGGUGGUCAGCAUAACAUGUAGUAAAAAGACAGACACGAUGGUGAAACUAUGUGAAGUUUUUGAAUCCUUGAAGCUCAAAAUUAUUACAGUAAACAUCACUGCUGUCUCUGGGAGGCUGUUGAAAACUGUCUUUAUUGAGGCUGAUGAAAAGGAGAAAGAUGAGUUGAUAAAAAUGCAGAUUGAAACAGCCAUUGCAGCUCUUAAUGAUCCACAAAGUCCCAUGAGCAUGUAGCCAAACCAAACCCCCAUGCGUGGCCUUUCUUAGUUUUCUGCAUCAAAGUCACAUAUAGUCAGUCAGUCAGUCAGUCAGUCAGAGUUUAGUUUUUCGUUUCUUUUGGGAAAAUCUUCAUGGUCUAAAUGUAAGCUUAAUGGCCUUGUCUGCUGCUAACCACUCUAGCAACAGCAGCUGUGCAAUCAAACUCUCAGUUUAUGCUUUUAGUGCAUUAUAAAUUCACUAUCUUUUUUCUUUUUUUUCCCAUAAAUUUGUUCCUUUGUUUUUUCAUAUUUCAUAAGCCAUUAAUUAUCAAGCUACAGCUUAUGCAUA